AUGCAGCGGAUUUUCAGACGUCUUCAUGAAGACGCGAAGCGGCUAGCGAAUGAAUCCAACGCUGAAGUUGAGGUCGUUGUCAAGUACACCUUCACGGAAAAACCGCAGACGUUAUCCGCUUCUCCAGAUGAAAAUAUCGGGCAAGCAUGUACAGCACGUGAGGUAUCGUAUGGCCGGAAUUCACCAAAACCAUCGAAAGAAGAACUAUUGGUUGAAUCAUCAGCACCAUAUGUACAAAUCUGGAAUCCAGGUACUAGGCCACCACCACGCAGUAAAGAAGGCAAAAGUAAUUCUCGAGAAGUUAAAAGUCAAAAACGCACUUCAGUAACUUCCUCAAGGCAAGAAACAUUACAAGUACGUAUAUAA